AUGACGAGUCCCGUGGUAUCAAUCUCGCAAGACCAACAACCUACGCCUUCUGCCCCGGCUCCUUCACGAUGUGCUAUGGCUCAAACGUAUUGCCUGGAAGCACCCGAUAUUGCUAUGUUCAAACUUCCACCUCAUACCUACUCCCAGCGACAUUGUCCGAGUCCGAUUACAUCUUCCGCCCUAUCGUCCAUCCCUACCUCGCCGGAAUUCGCAGAUGCUACCGAGGACCAGCUACCUCCCACUCCUACAACCCUCAGUAGCCUAUCCCUCAGCGUGAGCGACGACAGCGAUGAUGAGAUCAUUCUACCGGCAUAUGAUUCGAAUCAGCUCGCUAAGCCCAACCUUCUUCGCUCGGCGGAUGCUUCCGGUCAUGGUUUGGGUCCAUCAUGGACAACUCUCCAACGGUUGGUUCCACAUACCCUGGCCGCAGAUGACGCUUUGGCUGAGGAGGAGCCCUCGAGACAUGUUGAUUAUUUGUCUUACGAAUGGAAAGAAGAGGAUAUCUGGAAAUCAUGGCGGUAUGUGGUCGGCCGUAGGGAUGUCUACAGCAACGGUGCGAGGCUAGAGAACGCAUCCUGGAGAACUUGGGCGAAGCUGAAGCAUCGCCUGGGCACUGUGUCGCCGGAGACCCUCAACUGGUUCGUUUUUCAUCAAGCCAACCGACACGGCAUUGGAGAUCAUUCUUUGUGGCCUUCUUCGGAUCUAACAGGUUCUUCUAGGUUGAAAGACUGUGAUGUAACAUGGCUUUAUGGUCCUUUAAAAUCAUCAAACGAAGCGGCGAAAACGUCACCAAGUGUUUCACCGCCCCCAAGCCGCCUUGAAACGCCCAAUUUGUAUCUGGAUAGGAAGCCGAUCUUGAAGAAGAGGACCGCGUCAGAGGCGAUCCUGCAACGUUCAUUAUCUCAGCACACCCUCCUGCAACACGCCGGCGCUAUCUUGAAGGCGCAAGAAGCAGGUCUCCAACGCCACCGGGCCUCAUUCUCACGGCCUAGAGUAGGAUGUACAUUGGACUCCUCGUCCGCUAAUUCCGCUCUUUUAUCGCAAGCCCCCACAAAUCUGUCGUCUGGCCUCGUGUCACCGUGUGAGAAACGCCGAAUUCACUUCAACAAUGAGGUGGUGCAAUGCAUCGCAGUUGAAAUUAAGGACGUUGAUGAAGGGGAAGAAAACUGGCUAGCGUCUUGGGAGGAAAACAUAUCAUCGGACGAUGGUACUGUGCUUUGCGAAGAAAAUUCGUCACAAGAAUUCGCUCGGAAGAGAAACACACUGCGAAGCAGCUCCAAUACCGAAAACAAGAUUAUCGCACCGCUACCUUCCACAACUCUCAAAUACCGCGGGGACACCCCAGAACCUCCUUCAGGCUCAAUGAUGGGCCGAUGGUCUGGGUAUUUUUCGAAAUCCACCAUUCUCUCUUCAUCGUCCACCUUUUCCGAGCCGUCUCCUAACUUCCUACUGGACGGCUGGGACGAUGACCACUCCGAUUUAGAUCGGCAACCGGGCCAACUCGAAGCUGCUAGAGAUGGAAGCCGGCCUUGGUUUGUGAAUCCUGAAGACGAAGAAGAACUUGAUCGACCACUCCAUUCGAAUUCUUCCAAUCCUGGUUUGGGUGAUGACGAAAGAGACUCGGCGAGCGCCAGCAUAUUCGAUCGGGUGAUCGACACGGUAAACACAGCUCGAGAUAUUGCCCAUGUGAUAUGGAAUGUUGGCUGGCGAAGGUAA